UAUUCCCCUACCGAAAGAAAACUCCAGUAAAUCAGUUACAGCUUUAUCUGAAAAAAAAACGCGUCUUUCCACGCGUUACAAAGCGGUUUUCACCGCUCGUAAUUAUCCCCAAAGAGGCAGUACUUGAAGUACUUGUCAACGAGAAGUACCAAGACAAGUGCCAGUGAUUGAAUGUGUAAAUACUCCAAAUAGAAUUCCCAAAAAUAAACAAUACCUCAAAGACUGGAGACAUUGGAGACUCCAGAUGAUGAUCAACACCUCCGUUCAUCCGAAUUCCUAAAAUUCUUCAAAUUACUCUUAAAGUAGACUUAAAGUAGUAGGUGUACUGGACAGGUGAAUUAUAACCUCAAAAAUCGUGUCAUUUGGAUAAUUGAAGGUGAUUGAAGGCCAAUCACUGGGAAAACGUCCUGACGAGCCCCAAGGAAUGGAAAUCUGAUCGUCUGAUGAAAAUUAAGUUGGGUAAUCAUUUGGGGAAUCGAGGAAGUGAAUUCUGGUGGAAAUUGAGAUAUCGUGGGACAAUACGUUAUGCAUUUUUACAAGGAGAAGAUAUUGUCCUCUGGACAAUUGAAGAGACUCUCUGAGCACAAGUACAGCUGCACCAAUGCUAGUCUACUUGAUGCUUAUCUUCAGCCCUGGUGGGAAUGGCUUGUCAGCAAAGUUCCACUUUGGCUAGCACCGAAUCUCAUUACUGUUGUUGGACUUAUUAUUAACAUUGCCACGACACUUAUUCUUGUUUAUUACAGUCCUGAUGCCAAAGCCGAGGCACCCAGAUGGGCCUGUUUCCUCUGCGCUCUAGGAUUAUUUAUUUAUCAAAGUUUGGAUUCAAUAGAUGGAAAACAGGCGAGAAGAACAGGAACCUCGUCGCCUCUUGGGGAAUUGUUUGACCAUGGAUGUGAUUCAGUCUCCACUGUUUUCGUCGCAUUGUCUGCCUGCAUCGCUGUACAAUUAGGGUAUUAUCCAACGUGGAUGUUUUUCCAAUGUUUCUGCGCUAUGACUUUGUUCUAUUGUGCUCAUUGGCAGUCGUACGUUUCAGGUUCCCUGAAAUUCGGGAAAAUCGACGUAACAGAGGCUCAGUUCACAAUAAUGGGAAUUCACCUGAUAUCCGCGAUAUUUGGGCCAGAAGUCUGGAGAACAGAGAUGCCUUACAUAAACGGUUUACAGUUUAAAUAUUUGAUAGGCGGUAUGACAGCUGUGUGUGCAUUAACGAGCUUAUAUUCCAUGUUUUCCGUGAUAUUUACUGGUGGAGUUGGCAAGAAUGGUUCUACUGUAGCUAUCCUGAGAAUCAGUACAUUAUCAAACUUGGUUGCGGGGAUUUUUUAUGCCGGCUACAUUUACGUGUUCCUUCAAUUCUGUAAAGUAUUUGCAUCUGGUGGAAUUGGAAAAAAUGGUUCCACAAUAGCAUUGCCAUGUAUUGGCACUGAGGUGAAGGUCUUUUCGUUGUGGGCAGCUGUGGGAAUUGCUAUUUUACUUGCGCAAAGCAGUUUAUCCGUCAUUCUUGCUGGUGGUGUCGGAAAAAAUGGUUCAACUGUCGCUGGAACUUCAGUAUUAUCGCCGAUUAUUCCCUUCAGUCUCGUGGUGGUGCCGGCCUUCAUUAUUUAUAGAAAAAGUGCUGAGAAUGUUUAUGAGACUCAUCCUGCAUUGUACAUAUUGGCUUUUGGAAUGGUCGCUGCUAAAGUUACCAAUCGAUUAGUUGUUGCUCACAUGACGAAGAAUGAGAUGGAGUACUUGGAUACUGCCCUCAUCGGCCCCUGUAUGCUAUUUCUCAAUCAGUACUUCAACUUUUUUAUCAAGGAAUAUUAUGUCCUGUGGUUGUGUUUUAUUUGGGUGACAUUUGAUUUUUUCCGGUAUUGCUCGCAAGUGUGUUUAGAAAUAUGUGAUCACCUGAAAAUAAUGUUAUUCAGGAUCCCGUACUCAACAGACAAUUUAUCCGAAAAAAAUGGUACAUCGAGAACGCAACGUCAGCGACCAUCGAAAAAACAUCAUUGAUCGUCCAUCUGUGAUUAAAGAAAAAAUAUAUAUAAAAUCCGUACGUCCUCUCGUCGAAUUGUCAUAUUUUCUCCUCGUCAUGGAGCAAAUCGCCUAGAAAUCAUUCUAGAGAUUUUCCCAAUAAAAUUUUCAAUGAUUCACGUAUAAUCAAUGGUGAAUUUGUGAAAUAAAUCGGUGCAGUUACAAUUUUCAUGACUACGCUGUCACAUAAAUGAAUAUGUAAUUUUAUAUUUGUAUUUUACAUAUGUAAUAAUCCGAUAAAUUAAUUGCAGAUUAAUUGUCAUCACGGAGAACUGAGUUUCAGUAGUUUAUUUUUCGUCUUUUCUUUUUUUUUACAACUCUGAGAUGUUAUUCAUUAAUUUUUGUGUUGAAUAUUGUCUUGUUUCAUAAUCGAUAUAAAUUUCAUUUCUUAUCAUCAUUCUGUGCACCACAAUCACAAUUAAUAUUGAAAUUAAUUCAUUCUCUAUUCGAGUUUAACGAAAUUGUUCUCAAGGUGGUGGGGUAGACUUUUCAAAAAUUAACUAUUUCUCAUAAUAAAAAACUAUUAAUUCUAAUCCUAAACAUUCGAAAUGCGAAAUAAAUUCAAUGAUUUACAAAA